AUGAGUGGAUGUGAAUCAUCGCCGGCAAAUUUGCGACGAAAGAAAGAAACCAUCGCAGAUCCUCCACGGUCUUGCCCCCGAGCCUCUGACAGGCCUGUUGUUAUCCGCCACGGACUUCCUGACCACUCUUGUGCCUACCAACUUCCAACUUCCGCCCCGCGAUCCAGCCCGCCUGCAGUUACUCCGAUUAAAGUUUGGGUUCCUCAGUCGCAUUUGUUGCAGCACAAACCAUAUAGCCUACUCCAGAAUCCGGCUGCUGGUGGUUUCGAUCGACCCGCUUCAUUGCCUCACUAUCGAUCCGGAGGCACUCCUUACCCGCCAAAGAGGUGCCGUCUUCUCGGCUCGUGUAAAGUUCGGCUCGCAUUCCAGAACGGAUCCUCCUUGCCCCCGAUCAACCUCACCUUUGCGCCGGGUAUGGGGUCUACAAAUGUUCCUCUGACCUCUCCUACCACAUCCCGGUCUGGUCCUGUGGAUAUUAGUGCUUAUUUGCGCCUCUGGGAUUCGGUAUACGCUGCCUUCACCAACUCCGGUGCCUUUGUCUCCCUCACUCGUCUUUUUCAAGCAUAUAGCUACGAUGGAACUGUGAAUUGGGGCAAAAUAGUGUUCCUGGCCACUUGCUUCGUUACCAUGGUGGGUUGCGGAGUCGUCUCUUCGAUCCUGCGGCGCAAGAGCUGGGGACAGGCUUCUGGCAAAGCGCGUCUCCGCCGUGCUGCGCGCAAAGGCUACUCCAAGCGCUCUGCAGGGACAGUCACCUCAUCAGACGAGGACGACUAUGACAGCACUGGGUCACUGCGGCAUGGCACCGAAGGCUCUGUCUCACUCUCUGAGAAGAAGGAAGUGCCUCAGCAUGGGCAGACUGAAAAUGACCCGGGUCUCUUGAAGAAACAUUCAUCAUACCUUUCAUACACAACAUCCAUUGCGACGUACCCUUCUGUCAGAACGUUCUUCCGCCCGCAUCCGCAAAAGGACAAGUUACCCACCAAGCCCUCUGCGAUUCCGUUGCUGGUUUUCGUACAUGGCUUGGGUGGGUCUCUUGCACAGUUCAACCACUUGCUGACGAGUUUGUCCAAUGUGGGACCUUGCUUUGGAAUCGAUCUUCCGGGAUGCGGUUUGUCGUCUUUUGCGCCGACAUCCUGGGAUGCUUACACUGUUGAUGCGCUCGCGGAGUUGCUUGCCACAGCCAUUGAGCAGCACCGUGACAAGGAGACGGGCCAAGGCGUGGUUCUGAUUUCCCAUAGCCUGGGCUGUUCACUAUCCGCGUUGUUGACAUCUUCCACCUCCACAUUGGGCGCCAAUUUGAAAGAGCAUAUUCUUGGUCUCAUUGCCGUCUGCCCUCGUGCGGCGCCCCCGUCUCCCCACGAAGUCACCAAAUUCCGCCGGCUUCUGCAUAUCCCCAGCCCUAUAUUUGACCUCUGGCGCUGUUGGGAUCGGCGUGGCGGCCUACAUAGCACCAGCGUCAACAGACUUGUCGGUGCAGCAGCCGAUUCCGAUACCAGAGGACUUCAAGUCCGCUACAACAAGCAGAGCAAGACGGAUGUAUGGAGGCGGAUGGCGUGGGGAACGCUGCCUUCAUACGACCGCAAUGGCAGGGCCACCGGAGGUAUUCCUGGCGAGGAAGUCUGGGCGGGAGUCCACACACCCGUCCUGCUGGUAGCCGGUGAAGCUGACGCGGUGGCAAAGCCUGCGGAACUGAAGAAGAUCCUGGAGUUCUUUGGCCGCGCUGGACGUAGCGUGGAUGAUGGCGCAGAUAGAGUAUCUUCCAUCCCUGAUGCGCCCCAGGUCCAUGACAAAGCACCAGCAUCCUAUAACGGUCGGGCACAUGAAGAAGAAUUCGGAGUUGAGCCACAGGUCGAAGAAGAGGAAAUGGCGGAUGAGUCUGAUAUGUCAGGCACUCGGCGAUCUGUCAAGACCGUUAUCCUGCCCGCUCCAGCCUCCCAUGCGCUCAUCUACGAUCGUGCGACGUAUCGCACUCUGGCCGGGAUUAUCCAAGAUUUCCUCCGCCAACAUGUUGAUAACCGCUUGAGUAUGGGCUGGCAGCUACAGUAUUUGAAUACCUCAGGAAAGUGGGACGUCAAAAACCUGGCGAAGUGGAAGAAGGUGGCACCUGUGUCGGAAAGAAUCGCCGACACCUUUGCGGCACUCAAGAUGCUCCGGGAGGUGGACGAAGAACACAAUCCCGUUCUGUUUUCACAGAAGUACCACGACCAGAUCUACGCCGUGAUCGAUAUCAGCUACGAGAAUCCGGUGUAUAACCCCGCGUCGAUGGAAAAGGGAGGUAUUCAUUACCACAAACAUCCGACGGUGUCGAAGAUCCCACCUACGCCGGAUGAGGUUCGCGACUUCAUUGCGCUCGUGGACCGACUACAGAAUGAGAUUACGGAGAAGAUGGAGAAGUCGGGCAAGCCGGAGGGCCCGCGCCCGGUGGUUGGGGUCCACUGCCAUUACGGGUUCAACCGCACCGGAUUUUUGAUCGUCUCGUACUUGAUCGAGCGGCGCGGGUUUACGGUCUCGGAAGCGAUUGAAGAGUUUGAGCGGCGGCGUCCUCCAGGAAUACGCCACGAACACUUCAUUGAUACCCUAUUUGUGCGAUACUGCGUGGGGCUGAAGAGGGCACCUACACUGUAG